AUUCAGGCACUAGUAAUUACUACUAGGAGCAAAUCAUUCGACCAUAAACGAGUAAAGUGAUUUUCAAGUUAUAAUGCCGUCUUGCUCUUGGUUUCCGCCAGUCAGUAGUUACCACUUGCCAGACAUAAACAUGUUUUCAAAGAGUGUAGUUGUGUGCUGCUUGCUGGCGUUCUCCGCUGCCACUGAUGUUUUACAAUGUCCUGGUAAAAAUACAGAAAAUCUGAAGGAAAACGUGCAGCUAUCGCCAUGCAAGAAACCGCCUUGCAAAUUGAAAAAGGGAACAGAUCAGCACAUUACAAUUAAUUUCACUCCCAACGAGGACGUGGUUGAGUUAAAAAAUCGUGUGGUAGCUGACGUGUUCGGCGUGGACUUACCAUUCGUUGGCGUAGAUGGAAACAGUGUUUGCGACAAGAUAUUAACAGCGGACGGACAGAAGGCGUCAUGUCCACUCAAAGCCGGAGUAAAAUACACGUAUAAAGACUCAUUUCCCGUCCUCGAGUUCUAUCCCAAUAUAGAGGUCAAAGUCCACUGGGCCCUCAAUAGUCCUAAGAGCGAAAUUAUUUGUUUCGAAACGCCUGUUAAAAUAGUAUCUAAGAAGUGAGCUAAUCGUUAUGGAAUGGUUUUUAGGUUCUCGGAAUUAUAUAUAAGAAACGCAAUUCUGCAAUUCGAUUAACUUUUAUAUAGAUUUUGUACUUGUUUUUAGUUUAUUAUAAAUAAAUAAAUUGUAAUUUUUAUACAA